CUGGUAGCCAGGAAGAAGCCGGACGUGACUACAGAUCUGUACAACAUUUCAAAUUUGGAGGAAAUUUAUGGUAGAAAUCAAAAUGGAUAGGCCAACGUCUAAUUAUCACAACUUCAUUUUUGGAGGCGUUUACUAUGUCAAGGAUCAAACUGAAUGAAUAUGAGCUAGCAAUCACAGAAUAUUCCAAGAUGAUGAUGGACAUGAUACUGCUGUGCUUCACCCUGGCACUCUCCUUGAUGUUCUGGCUCAUCUCCUUAACGGUCAACUCAUACUCAGGUGCGGGGCAUCCUGUGUCUCCAUGGAGAUGGCUCUUCUCUGUGUUGCUCCCGCUCACGCUCACUCUGCGAGCCGUGAAGAAGCGAAGCCUCGAUUACUCCGGGGCUCUCGGAGCGAUGGUUGUAGGCGUCAUUCUCACUGUGGCCAACUUCAGCUUCCUUUUCGCACUGUUUGCUUUUUUCAUCACUUCAUCCAAACUGACAAAAUGGAAGGGUGACAUUAAAAAGCGUCUGGACUCAGAAUAUAAAGAAGGUGGGCAGAGGAACUGGAUUCAGGUGCUCUGCAAUGGCGGCGUACCCACGGAGUUAGCGCUGCUCUAUAUGAUCGAGGUGGGCUCGGGGGAGAUCCCCGUGGACUUCGGGAAGCAGUACUCGGCAUCCUGGAUAUGCUUGUCCCUCCUGGGAGCGUUGUCCUGCAGUGCGGGGGACACCUGGGCCUCAGAGGUGGGGCCCGUCCUCAGCAAGACCAAGCCGCGGCUCAUCACCACCUGGGAGGAGGUGCCGACAGGAACAAACGGAGGAGUAACCCCCGUGGGAUUAGUGGCCAGCUUCCUGGGGGGAUUAACGGUGGGCGCAUCGUACUUUAUCUCCCAGAUUCUGUUUGUAAGCGACUUGCACCUGGCAGUUCCUCAGUGGCCCAUCGUCCUCUACGGAGGAAUGGCCGGCCUUCUGGGAUCAGGCUUGGACUCUCUUCUGGGAUCCGAAAUGCAAUAUUCAGGCUAUGACGAGAGUAUUGGCAAAGUUGUGAACUACGAGUCGAAAACAACCAAAAGAAUAUGUGGGAAACCGAUCCUGGACAACAACGCCGUGAACCUCUUCUCCUCACUUCUCAUCGCCCUUUUCCUGCCUGGGCUCGCCUGGGCGCUUUGGCCCCGAUUAUAAACGUUUUGGCAACAUUGUCAGGAUGUUCGGUACAGUUUGGAAAAUGGUCUCAACUUGGAAAUUAUUCUAUGUGUAUUUGUGGGUGUAGUAAGAAUGAGCACAAUGGUGAAAGCAGGGUGUUCAUAGAUUGAGUAAAGGGUCAAGAUAAAUGUAUUUAAAUCUGGAAUGUAGGCUAUAUGUGAUUGUACUGUUUUGAGGUUAUGCAAAUCUUAACAUUUCAUAUAAGAUGUUUGAAAUCCUGAAAGUUGUUUUAUUUAAUUGUGAAUUGCAUUGAACGCAACGUUUGUGUGCGGUUUAUAAAGGGUUUUUUCUUCACGUAUCCAGGGAAGAAUGAGAGCUACACUGGUACGCGACGUGUAUCUCUUUAAAAAUGACUCCUGGCAGCAGUAUUCUAUACAUUCUUCACGUUUGUGUCGUCAUUGUUCAGGUCAUCUCAACGUCGUGCCGUCUCCUCGCUGCCCUCCACUCUUAUCUGCCCCUGGAGCCUGUGCUGGUUCAUCUCUCUCUGGGUUACUGUUCAGUUACUCACCGUUACGGAUCAGGAACCACCACAAGCUUUCUCUGGGUUACUGUUCAGUUACUCACCGUUACGGAUCAGGAACCACCACAAGCUUUCUCUGGGUUACUGUUGAUAGCUACUCACCGUUACGGAUCAGGAACCACCACAAGCUUUCUCUGGGUUACUGUUGAUAGCUACUCACCGUUACGGAUCAGGAACCACCACAAGCUUUGCAGUUUGUCAGUGCUCUGGUAUGUUGACCACCGCAAACUAUCAAAUACUGCUGACUUGCAAAAUAAAAGACUAA